CUCUCUCUCUCUCUCCAACCACACAGCCACCGCCAUACACCCCAUAACCACCAUAGCAGUAGAUCCACCACCACGCAGCUUCAAUUCCAGAUGCCGGAGUGUCGUUCUAAUGUCAGAUGUCGCACCAAAUGGGUUUCAGAUCCGGUAUUGGCCAACAACAACCCAUUCUUCAACAACUCCGGCUUCGAAACUCAUCCUCGAAAAAGUCAUCCCGAACACUGCAACUUGAGGCCAGUCAACGCCGCUGGACGAUGUGCAAGCGAGUCAGCAAACUGGUCAAAGAGAAACAGAUACGAAGGGCGAGGGAGUGCUGAAGGUAGAUGGGUAGUUUCGGGAGAAAAGUUGGAUUCCUGAAAGAGUCUUCUUGCAAAUUGGAGUUGGGAAUACAUUUCAACUUUGACACAAAAAAAGAAAAAGAAAAAGAAAAAAAAAAUACUUUUCAACUUAAUGCUUUUGACUUUUGAGUCUAUUACUAGUAGUUUAAUCGAGAUUUUUGACUUUUGAGUCAAUUAUUUGUUCUCUGAUCGAAUUCUACAUAUAAAAGUAAGAUGAGAGAUGCAAACCAAAUCAAGGAAAUUGAGCAUUAGUGAUACAGAAAAUGGAGAACAUGACAGAGAAGCUCCUUGCGUUAUUCCUUUUAUUUAUUUGCUUAGCAAAAGGUAGCACCUCAGCCCCAUCCCCACCCUCCAACAUACACAACCAAACUCAAAGUCCAAAACAUUUUGUGUUGAUACAUGGAGCUUGUCAUGGAGCAUGGAGCUGGUAUAAGGUGGCGACUCUUCUGAAGAACUCAGGUCACAAUGUCACGGCUCUAGACUUGGGUGCAUCCGGGAUCAACCCGAUCCAGGUACAGCAACUCCCUUCGUUAUCGGAAUACGUCGAGCCUUUGACAAAGCUCAUGGUGUCUCUACCACCAAAUGAAAAGGUUAUCCUUGUGGCUCACAGCUUUGGUGGAGCCGUCAUAUCUAUUUUCAUGGAGAGGUUCCCUCGUAAAAUUGCUGCUGCAGUAUAUGUCACAGGGGUCAUGUCCGGUCCUACUCUCAAUUUCUCAACUAUAAAUCAAGAGAUUAGGAAAAGAUUAGAUUAUCUGGACUCUCAAUUCAGAUAUGAUAACGGGACCAACAACCCUGCAACCUCCUUUCUCUUUGGGCCUAAGGUCAUGGCGACAAGCUUGUACCAGCUCUCACCACCACAGGAUUUAACCUUAGCGUUAUCGUUGGUGAGAUUUAUUCCUCGCUACAAUUACGAUGUAAUUAAGCUCACGGAAGAGAAAUAUAGAGCAGUUCCUAGAGUAUUCAUUGUGUCCGGCCAAGACCAUGCGAUAGUAUUGGAUGUGCAAAAUUACAUGAUAAAAAACAAUCCGCCAAAUGAAGUGAAAGUGAUAAACGGUUCCGAUCACAUGGUUAUGCUAUCAAAACCCGUGGAGUUGUUCUUCCAUCUCCAAGAUAUUGCUGAGAAAUAUUCAUAAACACAGUUACACAGACAUGGCUAAUUCACGCAUACUAGCUUCAAAUAUGUCAAUUUUCAUUCUCGCCAUUGUAACAACAAAAAAAUGUACUAAACAAGUAUUAUAAUAUUAUCCAAAUAAGUGAGAUUGUUUUUCAAGUGACAAGUACGAAGAAUUAUACGUGUCCAUGAACUUUAGCCAAAGAGGUAUGUAGUACUUUAUGUAAAUUUGUCUAUGUACUAUUAUGUGAAUUUGAACU